AUGGCGCUGUACAAGCGCACCGCCGAGGCGGGUGUGGGCGAUGCCAUUCUCUUGGAGCCCGUGACCGAGGAUGCCUUUCUCGACAACCUCAAGCUACGCUUUUCCAAUGGCUUUAUCUACACCUACAUUGGCGAAGUCGUCAUCUCCGUCAACCCAUAUCGCUCAUUGGACAUUUACGGAGACAAGAUGAUCAAAGAAUAUCGCAGUCGUGAGAUGUACGAGCGCGAUCCACAUAUUUUUGCGCUUGCCGAUGCUGCCUACCGAGCCAUGAAGCGACUGUCCAAGGACACCUGCAUUGUCAUUUCAGGCGAGAGCGGCGCCGGUAAAACCGAGGCCAGCAAAAUCAUCAUGCGCUACAUUGCCAAAGUCACCAACCCCAGUCAACAGGCAGAGAUUGAACGCGUCAAAGAGAUG